AAUGUUGGUUUUCAACCUAUGACCCAAAUGUUGAUGCAUGGACAGUCAAAACAUGGCUCGAAAUGUGUUUAACCAAGCUGCUAAUAUUGUCCAACUCAGCAGGUUUACACGUCUAGCUGGGUCAAGGUCACUUUGCACGCAAACUCCAGCGGAGCCACUGACUGUCAGACAGCAAAACAAUGGAAUAAGGAGUAUAACCCUGAACAACCCUAAGAAGAGGAAUGCCCUGUCUCUGUCAAUGCUGGACUCACUGAGAGGCAACAUCCUGGCAGACAUCGACAGCGACGACCUCAGAGUCAUCGUCAUAUCAGCUAAGGGACCAGUGUUCUCCUCUGGGCAUGACCUGAAGGAGCUGACGUCAGCACAGGGCAGAGAUUACCACACCAAGGUGUUUCAGGCCUGCUCAGAGGUUAUGACCCUGAUACAAGACAUUCCCGUGCCUGUGAUUGCCAUGGUGAAUGGGGUUGCCACAGCAGCAGGAUGCCAGCUUGUUGCCAGUUGUGACAUUGCCGUGGUGACAGAGAAGUCCACCUUCGCCACACCAGGGAUCAACGUGGGUCUGUUCUGCUCAACACCGGCCGUGGCAAUAGGAAGAGCUGUCCCCAAGAAGGUAGCCAUGGAGAUGCUGUUCACAGGAAACCCGAUCUCGGCCCAGGAUGCUUUGCUGCACGGGCUGGUCAGUAAGGUGGUUCCUGAGGAGCGUCUAGAGGAGGAGACUCUAGCCAUCGCACGGCGGGUCUGUCAGGCCAGCCGGCCCGUUGUAGCCCUUGGCAAGGCCACCUUCCACAGACAGAUGGCCCAGGGGCGGGAUGCGGCCUACGCCACAGCCUCUCGUGUCAUGGUGGAUAACCUGGCUCUCAGAGACGGACAGGAGGGGAUACGGGCCUUCAUAGAGAAACGGAAGCCUGUGUGGACAAACAAAGCAGAGAAGGCCCAUGAUGACUGAUGUCUGCUGGGCUGGCCUACUGUGGCCUGUGAGCGGUCAGCAGCCUCUGGACUGGAGAGGGAGCCUGUGGAUGGUUGAGGUGGUAAACUCGCCCCCAAUUGGACCCGAACCCAUCACAGAACACAAAAGGGCUCGAGGACGACAUUUUGAAAUGAAAUCCCUGUUUAUUGAAGUGAUUAUCUGAUGAAGGGAUACUGCAGGGCAGUCUUCAUGUGCCUUAGGAGGGGGUGAGGUGAAGGUUCUAGGAAAGGUACACCAUGCACCCAUGGUCAAGGGACUCACUCAGAACAGAGAUUGGGCAAUGUAGAACAACUGUGCUCAAUGUGAGAAACAGAAUGUAAAUGUUUAAAGGGCCAAUCUGCAUUUCAAACAGUAACAGAGCAGGACACCCCGCCACUGAUUUGGUAAAAAGCUGAUGGGACUGGAGAAAUGGAACCACUUUAAAAUGAAUAGACAGAGCUAGGGAUGCAAGGACUGACCAUCCAUGAGAUACAAACAUAUUUUAAAACAUGUUUUCAGGCUAUACAUUGUUUCAAAAGGAGUAAAAUAAGCGUAUAUUUUGACAAUAGAACUAAGCUCAUGAGGAAUUUAUUAAGGUAUAUUCUUCAAAAAUGGAUGUAGCAUUCAGAUUAACCCCAUUAAUGUAUUUAAAAAAUAAAACACAUUUAGUAAAGAACC